AUGGACAACGAAGCCUGGCUCCCUCUCAAGCAAUCCCACUACCCACCACCAUCCAUUCCAUCCAUGAAAACAGGCCAUCCAACCGGUCCCAUCUCCCCAGGCCACAUCAUCCCCGAUCUCCGACAUCUCGACAACGUCAUCAACUGCAAUGGCUUCGAACCAUUCCCCCAGGGCAUGGACAUCAUGACCGCCACCCUCGAACAAAGCACCUUCAAGAACGGCAUCAAUACCGAGAUAAUCCUCCAAGCUAAAGCCGAGGCACCAAUAGCGGGUAUGAUUCCCGGUGUGGACGCUAGUGCUGGCGCUGGGACGAAUUACACCAACAUAGUGAGUGACAGUUGGGAGUAUGGGCGUUUGGAAGAGUACGUGGUGCAGCCUACAAGACAGUAUAUCCAGCGGUGUCUAGAGUCAAAGGAAGUGGCGGGUUAUAUACAGAGGAGUAAGAAGCUGGGUGGUUGGAGCGUGUAUAUGAUCACGGGGAUCAUGGUGGCGAGGGGAGGGGGGAAGAAUGUGUUGAGUGAGGAGAAGGGGCCUGUAGGCAAGCUGAAGGAGGUUUUUGCGGAGGUUACUGUGGAAGUUCCGCUUAUCGUUGAGGGUGGACCGGAGGUUAAGCGGGAAAGAACGAGGCAGAUGACUUUUGGUGGGAGUCAGAAGGAUGACUUUGUUUGGGCUGUGAGGCUGGCUAAGAUCACCAAGAACGCGUUGCAGUCGGAUUGGAAGAUGGAGACGGUGUUUAAGAAGGCUUCGUUUCGCGGGCAAAAGGCAAUAUUUUGA